AUGUCUAUUCGUUUAUAUAUUCUUGUAAUUGUUAUUGGUUUCUUAGCUGAAAUCGAAGGUAAACCAACAUUAAACGGUAAAUUAGCAAACCGUAUAAAUGUUUUACUUAAUAUAACCGAAGCUGAAAAAAUCUAUAACAAUGUGUUAGAAACAAAUAUCAUUAGUGAUCCGAUUCUUUCAAAUUAUAAGUCUGAAAUAACAUCAUUUGUUAAUAAAUUCUUUUCAUUUGAAUCAUUACGUCCUCAUAUUAUUGAAAUUUAUCGAGAUCUCUAUACAUUAUCUGAUAUAAAUGGAAUGAUUAAAUUUUAUUCAUCACCAUUAGGAAAAAAGUUACUUGAAAAAGAACCUCAAGCUGAAAUUCGUCUUACUCAAUUAAUUCAAAACAGAUUACAAGAAAAUAUGCCACAAAUUAUUUCAUGGGUUCAAGAAAAGUUUUUCAAAAAUUUACCUUAUGAUCAAGAUAAAAAAGAAACUCGUUUACUUCAUUGA